AUUUAAUAUUUUAUUUAGUUAGAAGAGUGGAAAAAGAGAUUCUUUCUCGAUAUUUCCGUAUGUAUACCGUUUGAAUCAAGGAUAGUUGGGUUCGUACCACUUGUUCGAUGAAAUGCCCCAUAGAGACCUCUACACACUCAAUUCCCUUAUCGCUUCUCACGUUCGCAGUGGAAAUGCCGUGGCCGCAUUGUCUGUCUUCCGCCGCAUUCACCGUGCCGGUUCCCACCUCAAUUCCUACACUCUCACUCCUGUUCUGGCUGUGCUUGACCCAAUAUGUGGAAAACAGGUCCAUGCUUUGGCUAUCAAAACGGGUUCUGAUACUCCAACUGUCACCAAAACUGCGCUUAUGGAUAUGUAUUCCAAGUACGGUCAGUUGGGCAGCUCGGUUCGUGUGUUUGAAGAGGUGGGUUUCAAGGACGUUGUGACUUGGAACACUAUGCUUUCCAGUUUUGUAAGGCAUGGCCGACCCGAGGAAGCUCUCGCUGUUUUCAGAGAAAUGCAGAAGGAAGGAGUGUGGUUGAGCGAGUUUACUCUGUGUUCUCUUCUCAAAGCUUGCACCCUUUUGAAGGCCUUUCAACAGGGUAAGCAGGUUCAUGCGUUGGUGGUUGUGAUGGGUCGCGAUUUGGUUGUUCUGGGUACUGCGCUUAUUGAUUUUUACACUAAUGUUGAGUGCAUUGGGGAAGCCAUGGAAAUAUUUCACAAUUUGAAUUGGAAAAAAGAUGAUGUCAUGCGCAAUUCUUUGAUUUCCGGGUGCGUUCGGAAUCGAAGGUACAAAGAGGCAUUCUUGAUUAUGAGUGCAAUGAGACCCAAUGUAGUUGCAGUUACUAGUGCUCUUGCCGCUUGCUCCAAGAAUUCAGAUUUGUGGGUUGGGAAGCAGAUACACUGUGUGGCAAUGCGAUUUGGGUUCACAUUUGAUACCCAAUUGUGUAAUGUUCUCCUAGACAUGUAUGCAAAAUGCGGGAAAAUUUUGAAUGCUCGAUCACUGUUUGAUAGAAUGGAUAAAAAAGAUGUAGUGUCUUGGACAAGCAUGAUAGAUGCAUAUGGAAAUCAUGGUCAUGGGCUUGAAGCUCUCAAACUGUUCAAGAAGAUGGAGGGCGAGGGAAACAGUAUCCUGCCAAACUUAGUGACGUUUCUUGCGGUUUUAUCAGCUUGUGCGCACUCAGGGAUGGUGGAACAGGGCCAAGAAUGUUUUAAUUUGAUCCAGAAGAAAUACAGUUUGGAUCCAGGUCCUGAACAUUAUGCCUGCUUCAUAGAUAUCUUAGGCCGGGCAGGUCAGAUAGAAGAGGUGUGGCGUCUGUUUAAUAAUAUGAUUAAAAAUCAAACCAAACCCACAGCUGCAGUAUGGGCAGCUAUACUGAAUGCUUGUAGUCACAACCUGGAUGUCUCAAGGGGUGAGUUUGCUGCAAAGAAUCUCCUUGAAUUAGAGCCAAAUAAGCCUGGAAAUUAUGUACUGCUUUCAAAUUUCUAUGCAGCUGUUGGAAGGUGGGAUUCUGUGAAUGAACUAAGAAGCAUUAUGAGGAAGAAAGGACUGGUUAAAGAAACUGGGAAUAGCUGGGUCACUGUUGCACACUGCCAUGAAAACAUCCAACACAUCAAUUGAGAAAUCAAAACUUGAACAUUCUUCAAAGGUUCAUCCAAUGAGUGAGGUCCAGUACAUUUGGAUGGAUGAGUUGAUCAUCACUUAAACCAGGUUGGUGGUGGUAGAUUAAUCACAAACAUAAUUAAAUACAUUCAUUACCCUAUUCCCUAGCAUUAACUUCCUCCCAAUUGAACCCAGUGGAAACAAAUAUGAAUGUGUUUGGAUGUAAAAGAAUUCUAUACAUUUGGAAGAACCAUCAGCUGGAAUGAUCCCAAAGACAACCUUAUCUGAAGGCCAGGGAAUGGUCUUCAAUCAAGAUAAUUUGCUUCAAGUCUCUGAUUCUCCCUAUCAGGGUUUCACCAAGUUGUUCUCUUUUCCAAGGCAAGUUAUCCUAUUGUCUUGGAUAUGUUUUUGUAUUUAUGAUCUUGAAUUUUAAUAUUUUGAUCUUACCCUCUAUUUUAUUGCUGAGCAAACGUUUGAUGAACUCAGUACUAGAUCACCUUUUGACCUUUUUAAAAAGGUUUUGGGAUUUGUAUUUGAUGUAAGUUAUAACAUGGAGGGGGCAGUCAGGUGGGUUGGGUUUGUUGGUGUGUAAUCUAUUUUGGUUUUUUACUCAAUUGCAUUGAGUGUUGGUUUUCAUGUGCAUGGGCAGGAAGCUUUACUCAUGUUU